CGCUGAAGUAUAAUUCGUCACUGCGAAGCUAUCUCACCUGAACCAACUUCAGCUUCCCAGGCAGUACUGGGGGCCGACGGCGGUGAGAUACUCGGAGGUUCUCAGAAGAAGACUCGGUAUAUAGCAAGUCCAUUUUCGUCCACUUUUCUCCAUCAGUCUGUCAAUCUCCAAUCAACCACCCAGUACUUUUCAAAGCCUUCUGCGUUUUCUGGAGUAUUUCUUCACUUUCCAAGUCUUCGUAUAUGACCCCCAACUCCCCAAUCGACCAGUGGACCAUCAUUAUGAACCACUCCGACGCCACCCCAACUCAAGCUCCCCAAGCCGGAGCCUCUGAGCCCAAAAUCGAUCUCACCAUCAACACUAAACCCACUCCCAACGAUACCACUACCACUGCCACCGAGAAGAAGGACUCCGACUGCACCUGUGGCGCACGCCCCACCAUCAAACGCAACGACACCAACGACUCUGCCGCCGAAGACGAAUAUAUUCCCCGCUCGGGUCGCACACGCCGCCGCCGUGACCCCCCCAUCCGAAUCUACUCCCGCUCUCCCAUCCGCUACCGCUCCCGCAGUCCCGCUCGCUCAACCAUGAUUUCUUCAUCCACAGCCCUCCUUGGAAAAGUCUCGAACUUCGACGGCAUCGCCGAUCUCCCAUUCCCAGCCCGCUCUAGCGUUUACCUUGCCACCUUCCCGUUCACCGACCGUGAUGUCAAAAAAUGGUCGUGGUUGUUUGUGCAUGGAGUUGAGGAUACGUUUAUCGGCAGGCGAGGAGAAAGAGAGGUGGACGUAGAUGUCGAUGAAUUUGGAUAUCCGCUUCCGCCAGUGUAUCAUCACCGACGUGCGCGGUCGCCGUACUACGACCCCGUUAAUACGGAUGUUCCAUCGAUUUUCUUGUCUCGUGCGCUUGAUACAGGGGUUGUGCCAGAGCCGUCAGGUAAAGAGGACGCCAAUGCGGGACUUAAGUAUUGGAUCGUGGUCCAGAAUGCCAAGGGCAAGUCGUGGAAGCUGCUUAUUGCGGAUAACCGUACGGCGGCAGGGAUCAUGAUUUAUUAUGAAGCUUUGAAUGGGAACUCGAUUCCGUUUGUGGGCGCUGUGUUGGGAGAUCGGAAGAAGGGAGAGAGGGUGAAAUUUGAGAGGGUGGAGGGGCUCGAGGACAUGGCAUCGAUAAGGGAGAAGGAGGAGGGCACUAUGGGCGUCGUUUGUUAGACUGGGAUGGAACUUGGGCUUUUAGAUCUAAGAUUUUGAGGUUCUCUGCGGGGGUUUUACGUUCCGGGGUUUCCUUUUCGUGCUGUAAUAAGGAUUUGGCCCAGAAUUUGACGGCGAUGGUAGGGACUUCGUUCUUGUUCGCGAUUUUAUGUGGAAUGGUCUCGAGAAUACAUUCAUUUAGUCUAAAUCGAAGUUAUGAGUUCGCUUUUGCCUCUAUUUCUCAUGAAA